UAAUCAUGCAUCUUGAACAACUUCGAAAGGUAGCUUUAGCAUUAGCGUGGUUUGGCAACUUUCAGCUUUCCUUUCAACUUCUUCCAUUUCUCUACUGCGAGCGAUCGAGCGUUUGAAUUUGUUGCAGAGGUUCUAGAUACGGAUAGUCAGACAAUCGAUAUGAGCAGAAAUUUGAGUCGCAGAUCGUCUGAUUUGGUUGCGCUUUCCGCUUCGCUUUCCCUACUUUUCGUCUCCGCCCUUUCUAAUGAUUCCAGUGGCAAAGAUAGUAUUAACUCUGGGAAGCAUUCAUCCUCAAGCAGCAAAACUGGCUCUAUGGUUGCCAUCAUCCUCCUUGGGUUUUUGGUAGUUGUGUUAUUAUCAUUUUUCCUUUUCAAGCUAUGGCAGAAGAAGAGAAGAGAGGAGCAAUAUGCCCGACUUCUGAAAUUGUUUGAAGAAGAUGAUGAGCUUGAGGUUGAACUUGGUCUUCGGGAUUGAAGAAUAUCUGAAAUUCUAGUUCACUGAAGCUGGGCUCAGAAACCAUUUAUGUUGGAAUUAUUGCAUUUCAAAUGUCUAAAAGAUGGUGAGAUGAUAGAUUGAGUUUGCUGUAAGGUUAGAUUUUUCUUUUCCCCUGAUUUUUGAAAAUUCUGGGGUGGUGCAUAGCCUUGUAAUUCCCGAAUUAUAGUGAAUCAUUUUGUAAGGAGUGCUUGAAGAAGAGGUUUAAUGGAGAAAGAGUUUUGACUAA